AUGCCAGCGGCCCAUGGGAUACAGCUCCCGCCGCUGUCGCUGCCGCCGCAGCUCCGCGGCCUCCCCAUCGUGCCGCUGCUCCUGACCCUCGCGGCGUCGGGCAUCGCGCUGCACCUCUUUCGCACCUGGUGGCGGCUGCGCCAUGUCCCGGGCCCGAUCUGGGCAAACUUCACAAACAUUCAGCGCGUGCUGUGGGUGACGACGGGCCGCUCGCACGAGAUCCACCGCGACAUGCACACCAAGUAUGGCGAGGUCGUGCGGUUCGCUCCCAACAUGGUGUCGCUGGGCAACCCAGCCUGGAUCCCGCAGCUGUAUCCCAUACGCCCGGGGUUUCCCAAGAGCGACUUCUACCGUGUCUUGAUGCCGUUCACGCGUACGGGCGGCGCUCUUCCGGCCGUGUUCAACACGCGCGACGAGGAGCUGCACAAGAAGAUCAAGUCACCCAUCGCGCCGCUCUUCUCCUUGUCCAACACGCUACCGCUCGAGGUCUUUGUAGACAAGACCAUCUCCGUCAUGAUGGAGCAGCUGGACAAGCGCUUUGUCGACUCGGGCGCCGUCUUUGACCUCUCAGAGUGGCUGCAGUACUUUGCCUUCGACGUCAUGGGCACCCUGACCUUUUCCAAGCGCUACGGCUUUCUGGAAGAGGGCAGGGAUGUGAAUAGCAUGCUGAGCACCAUCUGGCAGUAUAUGAAGAGAGCCGCGCCGUAUACGCAAAUCCCCUGGUUCGACGAUAUCUGGAACAAGACCAACUUCAUGGCCAUGUUUCGCUCGGCGUCGGGAUUCACCAUUCUGGGUCUCGUCGCCAAGCACAUUGCCGAUCGGAAAGCGGCGCGCAUCACCGGGAAGGGCGCUGACCACGGCCGGGGCGACCGCGAUAUGCUCUCGCAGUUCUUUGAGCUCACGACCAACAACGCGAGCCUGCCGCCGUGGUGCGUCACGGCGUGGACCUUCUCCAACGUCAUCGCCGGCUCCGACUCAACCGCCAUCAUCAUGAAGACGGUCUGGUUCAACCUGCUUGCGUACCCGGACACGCUGAACCGACUGCGGGCAGAGCUACUCGAGGCCGACCGCGCGGCCGAGGGCGGUCUGACCAAGCCGUACCCGUCGUGGAAAGACGUCUGCGACCUGCCGUAUCUCGACGCCGUCAUCCAGGAGGGCCUGCGCAUGCACCCGCCCUUCUGCCUGCCGCUCGAGCGUGUAGUGCCCAAGGGUGGUAUCGCCAUCGGCGGAAACUUCUUCCCCGAGGGCACCGUGCUCGGAAUGAGCCCGUACGUAGCCAACAGGCACGUUCCCACGUUCGGCGAGGAUGCCGAGAUCUGGAACCCCGACCGCUGGAUGGUGCCCAAGGAGCUGCGCCAGAGGCGCGAGGCGGCCAUCAUGUCGUUCGGCGCUGGGAGACGAGUCUGCCUCGGACGGCACAUUGCCAUGUUGGAGCUGAAGAAGAUCGUCCCAGCCUUGGUGCUGCGAUACGAGUUUGACCUCAUCGACCACAAGAGGUAUGUGGUAGAGAACCACUGGUUCUUCCGCCAGUACGGCAUUGAUGUGAAGGCACGGAGACGCGUAGAGGCCGAAUCUGAAAAGAAGACGAUCCUGGUCUCUGCGUAA